GCAGCUCCAGCCAGGGCUGGGCCUCCGGGGAGCGGGUGCUGGCGGCGGCGGUGACGGAACCACGGGUCGCUCGUUGAUACGGCCGCACGGCGCACCCUUGGGCCCAUUGCAGCAGCAGCAGCAACAGGCAGUUCGAGUGGUGAGCAGCAACAGCGGCAGUGGCAGUGGCAGUGGCAGCGGCGGCGGUGGAAGCAAUGGUUCAUGGGGGCAGCAGCAGCCGCAGCAGGGGCAGCAGCAGCAGCAGCAGCAGCAGCCGCAGCAACAGCCGCAGCAGCAGGAAGAAAAACCUCUCUCACGCGUCACAUGCACCUCACAUGCUUCCAGCGGAGGGCAAUUACAUACCCCCACACCGCCCCACGCGAGUCUGCAGCAGCAGCAGCCGCAGCAGCACCCACCGCAGCACCCACACCCACAACAACCGCACCAAACCAACAUGCCCUCUUGCGCGGCCUCCCCGCCACCCUCCAGCCGACCCUCGGACCCCCCAACGGCCUCCUCCUCACCCUCCACCACCUUACCCCCCGGACACCAGCCCCAGUCCCCAGGACCUCCUCCACCACCGCACUCAGCCCACCUUACCCCGCUCCUCACCAACACUCCUCUCCAACGUGCCCCGUUCCCAACCGGCUCUACCUGCCCCCCACCUCCCAGCACAACAGCGCCCGCCUGGCCGCCGUCACUCACACCCGCACACCCCACCCCGGCGGAUGCGGUACGAGGAUGGUGCGCUGUCGUCGCUCCAGACGACGAUACCGGCGGAGAUGACUUGUACGGAGCAUACGAGGAGGAGGACCUGGCUGAUAGCAGCAGCAGCGCAGCAGGAGGAGGAGAAGGAGGGGGGACAAGCUCGGCUGUGCACGUUGACGGCGAUCCGUACGGUGGUUCAGGACCGCCGCAACAGCAGCGGCAGCGGCGGAGGCAUCUGGUGCACUUGUUCGCGGUGUCGCGGCCGGCCAAGCGGAAAAGACGAUUGCUAGCCAGGGUGGCGGCUGCGGCGGCUGCAGCGGCUGGGGAAGCGCCGGCGUCGGGCGGCAGGAGUGGUGGCGGACGAGGAAGCGGGAGCGCGGCGGAUGGCAUUGCGGGCAGGGACAAGGUCAGCGGCAGCAGCAGUAGCAGCAGACAGCACGUUGAAUUUCCCUACACCAUCUCCCGAACCUCUGACACGCCUGUUGUCACGCUGUUCCGCCCGACGUCUAGGUCCCAUGCAAGGGAGCCCAGAAGCCCUGUGGCGGCCGCUGCGAGCCCCGGGAUGUCGCGUGUCGCGGGCUGGGGACUGGACCUCACAAGGACGGGAAGGAUUGCAGGGAGGUCUGGGUUGGGGCCAGGUGCUGGCGCGGGUGCAGAGGAGACAGCGGCGACGACACAGGGCAUGGCUGGGCCAUGGGAGGAUCCGGCCUGGGAUGCAGUGGCACCGCUGCCCGGGGCUGCCAGCUCGCCCUCGCCCGCAGGCAGGGGACAGCAGGAGCCCGCCGGAGCCCAGUCCGUCACCAUGGCAGCCGCUAACCCUGCAGCAGCAGCAGCCGCAGCGACAACAGUGGUGUCGGGGACGCCGCCGCUUUCCUUCACGACGACGCUAGAAGACAGCCACAACCCCGAGUCGUGCGUACGACAUCCAAGUCAGCCGUACGCGUUGCUGUCUUUGCCGUACUAUGUGUUGUACGCCGAUGAGGCCCCACCGCACGAGUAUGUAGUCUACCGGUUCGGACCCACGGGUCACUGGCGGUGGCGACGCAUGGUUCGUGUGACGACUGACAGCGGCAUUCACCCGCUCGUGGCAGUUGCCAUCCCACAUCCCGUUCCCGCUGCUUCUGAAGCUCCUGCUUCCUCUGAUCUUACCGCUGCUGAUGCAGCUGCUGAUGCCAAUGCUGCGGCUGCGGCUGCCGACCCAGGGUCACCUUCGCAGUCGCAGCAUGCAGCCCCCCCCGCACUCCACAAGAAGCAGCAGCCAGGCCCGCCCGGUCCGCAUGCAGGCAGCGCAGCUCCGGUAGCUCAGGCGGCGGCGGCGGCACUGGGGACUCCGGCGUGCGGUGCGAGUGAGCACGACAGUGCUGGCGGCCGGAAUGGGGUGCAGCAUGACGUGGAGCCCUCUCCUGCUGCCCCUGCUGCAACAGCUGCAGGUCCUGCUGUGGGUGCUGGCACCGCUGUACUGCAGGUGUACCUAGCGGCAGGGCCGCCAGAGGAGCUGGCAGUGGGGACGAAGGGGGCGGCGGGUACGACAACGACGGUUAAGCGCGGCAGCAGCACCAGUCUUGUUGGCGGCAGGGGUGACGGCGGCGGCUUGUCAGCGGCGCAGUCGGCAGCGGGCCCUUCAGGAGGGGGUUCCGACGAGGACGUGGCAUGUGAGUAUGUGGAGUUGAGCGGCCCUGGGCACUACUUGGUGUCGUUCCGGCGGAGACGGAAACGGAGACGUCGCCCUGACGUGCCUAGCAGCAGCGGCGGCGGCGAUGAGGAUGAGGGUGAGGGUGAGGGUGAGGAGGACGAGGUUGAUGAGGACGGCGACGGCGACGGCGACUCUCCCGGCAGCUGCGCAGUCGGCAGCAGCUGCGGGGAUGUUGCGGGUAACGGCAGCAGCAGCAGCAGCAGCAGCGGUGGAGGACCUUCGGACGCUUCGAACCUCCGCAGCCAAGUGUGCACUCCGUCGCCCGCCUUGCCUCCUUCCUGUUCCUCCUCCCCAGCCGGCUCAUGCAGCACCCCCUCAGCGGCAGCGGAGGCAACCUCCCAACACGCAUCUUCAACCAGCGCGAGCAGCAGUAGCAGUACCAGCAGCAGCAGUAGCAGCUGCCCCAGCAUGCAGCAACACCCGCAGCAGCAACCCCAGACCCCAAGCGACCCCUUGCAGGGGCAGCAGCAGCAUCAAACCCAGCAGGGGCAGCAGCAGCAGCAGCCGCCCUCGCCUCCGCCAGCUCCCCCCUGGCGCAACUGGCGCCCCAUCGCGGAUCCGGUGCUGCGAGCCGAGGUGGCCCUGGUGCUUGAUGCAAGCUGCGUGCUAGGGAGCAGCAGCCGCGGCCCCCCCGGUUGGUUCCCGGAGGGAGGGGUGGGUUUCGCCUGCCUGGAGCUGCGGCGGCUGUGGGCUGCCAGUCGGAGGGUGCGGGGGGCGGCGCGGCUGGUGCUGGUGUGCGAGGGGGCGACGGAGGAGACCUGGCUCGCGAAGCAGCACCUCCUGCCGCACCCGGACGUGGUGGUGUUGGGCAUGGGCACGACUGUCGCCUACCGCCUAUCCGAGGAGGAGGAGGACCUGAUGGAUGGCGGUUGCGGCGGUUGCAGCGGGGAUGCCCUCAGCGCGACAAGCACAGACAGCGGCGCCGACAACAACACCGGUUGUGACGGAGUUGACGUGGGCAGUGUUAAUCCCGGUAGCAGCGAGGUGGUUGUCGGUUUCCACGGCCGUUGGAGGCUGUCCAAGGAUUGGGAUGCGAUGCUGGAGGCCUCGUACGAUGCUACGGCCGUACGACAGGCCGUUGAGGACGUCGUACGACUGUUCAGUUCCGAGCGCGUCCCCGUACGGCAACCCCCACAACCUUCACCAGCAUCGUCCACCCUUCCGUCUACGUCGCCUGUAUCAGUUUCCAACACCGGUUCGGGUCCCGAGAAAGCAAAGUCCGCAGCCAAGUCGACCACAGCAACUAAAGGAGCGGUUACAACAGCAGCACCAGCUGUAGACGCAACCGCUGCCAAAUCAGGCGCCGGCAAGCGCUACGAGGCUGACAGCCCACCUGCACCGGACGACAGCAGCCGUGCUGCGGUGUCGUUCGGUGCACCGACGCAGCAGGGACGCCACAGGGUGUGUCUCCACGUGCACAAGUUCCUGGUAGAUAGCGUGGUGUGGGAGAUUCGGGAGCGCCUGCGGGCUACCGACGCAACCGCCGCAACCGCCGCCGGCAGCAGCCCUGCAGUUCACAAUGCCGACGACGGCGGCGGCAGCGGCGGUGAGGAAGUAGAACCCCUAGCUGCUGCGGAGUCCCUGCGCAGUGCAUCGCAAGGUGGGCAACACCGGCAGGGACCCGCUGCUCCACUCGCGACCUCUGGGGACGUAGUAGACACUGCCUCUGACGCCAGCCGCCGCCAGCCUCUGGCCGGUACGGCAUAUGCUGUGGCACCUCGGGGCCUCCGCCGCCGCCGCCGCCGCGGCCUCCUCCGUUGUGGUGGCGGCGAGGAGCGACUCGGACCUGCUGAGGGAUGAGAUGAUGGCGGGGGCGGCCGCCGCCGUUGUCGUGGCUCCACCGUGGUCGCCGCCGCCGCCGUGGCGGAGGUGGAAGCAGGUGUCGGCGGUGCAGCCGCCGGUAGCGGCGGCGGCAAGCCAAUGCAAGGCACAUGGGGGCAGCGGCGAGAGCUGUGGCGACG